CGAUCACGAUCGUUUCCAUCGUAGCGUUUGUUGUGGUUUUAUCGUUUCGAGCCAGGCUAGGCAACUAUCGUUACGGAGAAACUAAAGAUUAUCCGCGUGUUUCAUCUGACAUCGACCUGACAUCCAAUCCCCGACGCACAGCGGACGUUCGAACGAUUUUACGACUACGCGUAAUUAUCAACUCGUCGCUGUCGGUCAGUUGGCGUGCUGAUCGCCAACAUUCGUGAACGAUAAACACCCGUGGGCGAUGUCGCGAUUGGAAUUUUGGUCAUUAUGGAUGCUACUGGUCAGCGUCCCGUUGCGCACGGACAGCCAAUUGACGAUCACGAUCGGCAACAAACCACUCAUGAUAAGGCCUCAACGAGUUUACGAGAACUUGAUCAAAGGGGUCCACGAUUUCUUCAACAACACCUGCAUCAUACUAUUCCAUGGAUCGCCGAACGUGAUCGAAACGGAAGGAUUGGAGGACAUCGAUGGACUGCUGGGUCUUCAGAAGUAUCUCAGCGGGACUCUGAACAUACGUACCGCGAUCAUGGACUUCCACACGUUCAAGGACAAAGUGGGAAGUACUUACUACAACAUCAAGCGGCCAUUGUUCGUGCUGCUGAACGACCUGGACGAGAUCAAGGAACAAUUUGUUCUGGUUUCAGAGUGGAUCACGAUGUCUUAUCCCACUUGGCUGAUCUUCCUGAGGGACGGCACCAGAAUGGAGGACUUCCUGGCGGACGUUUACGUGCCCUUCGACUGUAUACUGAUGACUGUGCAAACGGACGCUGAAGGGAACGGUGAGAUCAUCAGGGACGCGUAUCGAAUAAGCAGGGAGGGCGACUUGAGGUGGAUGGAAUUCGGUGCUUGGGACCAGGCAGAUGGCUUUCGAGGUCCCAAACUAGGACUCUAUCAACGCAGACACGAUCUGGAAGGAAGCAACCUCAGAGUCAUUUCCAUUCACGAUCCUCCAGUCUCGAAAAUCCUUCGAAACGAGUACAAUGAAACGGUGGGGGUCGGUGGAUUUUUCGGCGAAGUGAUCCAGCUGCUGCAAGAGGGAAUGAAUUGCACGUUCAGCUACCAGGAGUCCGACAAGUGGGGCAUACAGCUGCCAAACGGCACGUGGACAGGAAUGAUAGGGAUGCUGAUGCACGACGAGGCGGGCCUCGCGGCCACCGAGCUGAUGAUGACGUCCGACAGACUGGACGUCGUGAAAUUUACCACGCCCGUCUACUCGACCAAAUCUCGCGUGUACAUCAAGAGGCCGGACACAACGGCGGUGAAAUGGAACGCGUACUUGGCUCCGUUCGCUUGCAACGUUUGGAACGCGAUCGCGCUGAUGAUCGUCGUCACGGGGAUAUCGAUAUCCACGAUCGACACGAUAUUCUCGAAGAAAGCAAUCUUCCAUUUACCAACGACCGAAGCGUCCUCUACAACGGUCCCCGAGACCAUGUUCUUCGUUUUUGGCGCGCUAUGUGGUCAGGGCAUGGCAAUGUCCUCGUUGGACCCAAUACGGGUGGUGCAUCUGAGCAUUCACUCGAUGGCGGUCGUGGUGUUAGCAGCUUACUCUGCCGCGUUGAUCAGCUUCCUCGCCAUUAAGACGUUCGCUAUGCCAUUCACAACAAUGGAGGGCAUGCUGGAAGACGGUAGCUAUCGGUUCGCCGUGGUUGGCGAGUCGGCCGAUUACUAUUUCUUUCAGAAUACCAGCGAUCGCGUGUUGACCUUCAUGUUCGACGAGCUGCUGACCGGCGAGAGCAAUCUUCCGGCUAACUAUCUCGAUGGCUUGAAACGCGUUUGCAAGGAGCCCAAAUACGCGUUCAUGACGUUGGACAAUAUGGCGGCCGUGCUCCAAGGAAAAGUCGACUGUAUCUUGGAACCGCUGGACACGAUGAUGCAGGCCACCAUAGCUAUGGCGGUGUCGGUGAACAGCCCUUACCGCGGUAUUAUCGACAGCAAGUGAGUCAGCAAUAGCUAUUAUUAUCAAGGUACUAACAACUAUACUAUAAUGGUAUAUUCUCGUAAGUUCGGUUCGUAAGUUACGCCCCCUAGUCUAUACUCUCGCCAACGAGACGAGUCAGCAUCCCUAAACGAACGUCUUUCAGCAGCCAAUGACUGCAGCCGCAGCAUCGACCACGUGGACAUCACACGAACACUGUUUUUCUUCAACGACUCGUCUCAUUGACCCGCGUAUGGAUCUGUUCCCCUGUUCCGUGGUCACACUUCCCGUUUCUCUGUUCGCAGUAUCCUGCUGCUGCGCGACAGCGGUAUUCUUCAAAGGCUGCUCGAGAUAGAAUGGGCCACAAUCUCGAAACGAGUAAUCCACUGACAAUUUCCAUCUUCCUACGCGACGAGCACUCGAGAGUUACU